AUGCCUUGCGUCACAUCAGCUUUGUCACGCAGACUGGAAGGAGCUGCUCGAGCGGCAGGAGUGGACCCAGCCUCGUUGUCUCAGCCUCAUGCUUCGUCCUGUGGACUUCUGCUCCUCCUGUCCGCUGUUUAAACUAUUGUGAAAAUAUUUAUUGUUUUUCUACAUUUAUUAUUUUGUAACAAAAACUGCAGAAAAGUGGGGAAAAGGGGCCCGAGCCAUGGAGCUUUAUUGCCUGGAGUCGGACAUAAUCGUGAAAGCCCAGCAUGACCCAAACAUCCUCUAUGAUGACAGAGUGUUGCAAAGUUUAUUAACUAUUGAAGACAAUUUUUUACCGCAAUGUUCAUAUUUUCAGCGGGUGCAGAAGGAUAUCCAGCCUUAUAUGAGACGAAUGGUUGCAGGUUGGAUGCAUGAGGUGUGUGAGGAGGAGCACAGUAAUGAAGAUGUCUUCCCUUUAGCCAUUAAUUAUUUGGACAGAGUUUUAGCAGUGAUGCCCACAAGAAAAAGUCUUUUGCAGCUUUUGGGAGCCGUGUGCAUGUUCCUGGCCUCCAAGUUAAAAGACUGUAGGCCCAUAACAGCAGAGAAACUCUGCAUGUACACAGACAACUCCAUCACACCACGAGAACUGCUGGAGUGGGAACUAGUCGUGCUGGGGAAGUUGAAGUGGAACAUUGCCUCGGUUAUCCCCAACGAUUUCAUAGAGCACAUCAUGCGCAGGCUGCCCCUUCCCAAAGACAAGCUGGCGAUGGUUUGCAAACACACGCAGACAUUCAUCGCUCUUUGUGCCACAGAUGACCGUCUUGCCAUGAACCCUCCAUCUAUGAUUGCCACUGGCAGCAUAGGAGCUGCUAUCUGUGGCCUGCAGCUGGACCACAGCGACCAGAGGCUCACUCGGGACAACCUGACAGACCUGCUGGCCAAAAUCACCAACACUGAAGUGGAUUGUUUGAGAGCAUGCCAGGAGCAAAUAGAGCGUGUGCUGGCCUCCAGCCUGCAGCAGGGACAGCAAUACCGGCAGGAGACUGGCGUCAGAGCUGGCAGCAAGGCAAGGGAGCAGCAAGACCAGUCAAGCACCCCAACAGAUGUGCGUGACGUCAAUUUAUGAGCUCCCAUCAUCCUCUGGCUCGCACAACUCUCGUGCCUGUCAACCAAUGAACUGAAGGGAGGAGGCAUAAGCUGCCAUUUUCUUUGUUAAAACCCCCGAGUUAUGGUGUGACAAUCUAUGAACUUUUAGAAAUUAAGAAAUUUUUUUCUUCUUUUGCUCCACAUUCCCGCCCAGCUUUGGCGUGUUUCCUCCUUUUCGUCCAGGUCACAAAACUUGAGGCCUUAGGUUCCCAGAGUGGUUACCUAAAAUAUUUUCAUACUUGAAAAAAAUAAAAGCUUUGCAUAAUUAUAUUAAGUAUUUGUAUUUCUUUAGAUACAACUUAAAGUAAACAAAUGAUGUAUAUUUAGCUAGCCUUUGUUAACUCUUUAACCAUUUUUAUUGACCAGUUAACAGUCUAGAGUUUAAUUGGAAUUUUUGCAUCUGAAAAUCCACUCUGUGGUAAAUAAAAUGCUGAUAACGCCGUAACAAACCAAACUGGUCUCCGACUAGCGGUGCGCUACUGCAGUUAGCAGCUCUAUUUAUCUUUUUGUGCACCUGUAGCACUGCUUUCUAUUUAUGCAGAGAAGCUGUGGCUGGGAGUGGGCUGGGCCUGCUCACCGAGAGAAGACAUGAAAUGAGUCUGGGAUGUGGAGCAGUGGCUGCUGUUUCAAAAGCUAUCGACUCCCCUGCCAGCUCCAGACUGAUGUGCUAAAAGAACUGUUGACAUGUUUUUGAAUUCAUUACUCCUUUUUUAUUGUAGCUCACAUAACAUUAGAGCACAGUUGAGGUUUAUCUUUACUUUUUCAUUUUAAGGGAUUUAGAUUGGUAUCACUGAUGCUGUGUUAAGAGUUCUGGCAAGUUAUUUUUACAAGGUUUGAGAGAAGCCAGAGGCAGGAUGGAGGGUUUCUUGUAAGAUUUGAAAAGAGAAGGCAUGUGGAAAGUUGCUGGAAAAUGGAAAGUUUGGGCUGAUGAGUGAUUGUAAACAGCAGUAAGGAAGGUAGUUUUUAAGCUUUAUGAUGUUUCUGCCAUUGCACAGUACCAGCAGAAGAGAAGAGAUUCCUGAUUAGCUUCAGGAUUGAUUUGGGCGUUUUUCAGUUCUUCCUCUUUUUGAUAACAAAUCUUUUGCAGAGAGGGUGACAUGGAAUAAUAUUGAUGCACUUUUAAAACACGCUCCUUAAGAUCGGUAAGGGGAUAGUGGUUGAUGAAAGAUCUGAGGUUUUUAGAUGUUUUUUUUUAAGUUAUUUUCCUUUUUUCUGGGCUGGAUUCCCAUGGGGGUGAUGCCUGUUGUCUCAAGUUAUGCCUCAAGAUAAGAUUAUCAGCGUUGUAGUACAGUAGCACAUAAACCGAGGUCAGCCACGCCACACGUUGACAUCAGUGUAGUUGUUUAACCCAGAACUUGAAUUUAGUUUUUUCGGUUGAGGCUCCUAACGACCCCUUCUAGUAGUUUUGUUAAGAGUUACAAACUUCUCUAAUAGUGUUUUUGUUCAUCUGAUUAUUGCUUCUGAACUGCAGUUUCAAAACAUUUUCUGAGUUUUACCUAUGUAUGUAAUCAGUUACUCAAUGAAUGAAAGUGCUUGAAAUCCACAUGAAAUUUUUGAAUCAAAUGUAGAUUAUAAAUUGUGUUUAUGCUUGUGGUGUUGUGCAAAAAGCCAAAAUGUCUUUUUUCCACAAACGAGUGCUUUAAACAGGAGAAUGUUUGAUGCUUUUCCAUGUUCUGUUUGUACAUUUCCAAAGUGAGAAAGAUAAUCUAUGAAGAUUUCUUGCUGCUAUUAAGCUUUUUUUUCUUAGUCUUACACAAAAAGCCUUUUUGUCACUUGUGUGCUGCUAUAUUAUGACAAAUUUAUAGGUAACAUGUUAGCUUUUCUUUUACGUGUGAGAGGGAUCGUAACGUUUGGUGCGGGACUGGAAGUUCUUGUGUUUGCAGACCUUUUUGAUUAGCAUGUUUUAUUCAUUUAUUGUUGAAAUUGUAUCUUUGUUCUAUCAUAUUCUUGCUGCUUGUUUUGUACCUCAGGAUAUUAAAAUUGGAUAGACCGAGCAAGAGCCCUUCUCACCAAUACCUCAUCACACUUCACACCACACACACACACACAUACACACACACACACACAGGCGGUCUUCACUUUGUUGGACGGGUUUUAGUUUUUUUUAAUGUUAUUUUUGUUCCGGUUGAGAAAUUCACCUGCCAUAGUCUUCUGAAAAUUAUAAAGUACCGGCAACCUAAUUUAAGGUAGUUUGUUUCACAUCAUCUGGUGCUAUGUCAAAAACAUCCUUUGCCAUGUGUUGAAAUUAUCAAAAAAUAACAAAAAAAUGUUUUCUAUUAAAACAUGUUUGAAUUAGUUCAUUUUAAUAAAAUGGAAUAUUUUAUUAUUGAGGUACCAAUUUAUGCAGAGUUUUGUAAUUGUUCUAUGUGGUUGUCAUAUCCCAAUACCCCCUCCUAUCCUGAGCAACCACACAGUGUACCUCAAGUUGUCCUCAAUAAAUUGGCUAUAAUCA